UAGUUAGUCUCUACAAUCUCUCCUUUCCUCUAUAGAGUACGUGUGUUUUAUGUUAUUCUCUAUAGAAAGUGCUUUGUGUGUUGUUAAAAAUUGGUUCAGUUUCAAUGGAUUCAGGGCUUGCUAUAUCUUCUCCUAAAGCUUAUUCAGUCACAACUGGUGGAAAUCUCUGGCGGAGUAAACAUUCCACCAAAAAUAUUUACUAUGCAAGUUCUUGUGUAUCGAAAGCUUCAGAACACAAAAGGAAAAACCAAAUUGAAUAUAAUGUUUUGAGGUUACAACAACCAAGUUUGGAUCAUCAUUACAAAUGCACUGGAGGAGAGUCUACAUAUCAAAAAUGCAAUAGAAAAUAUGUUGUGAAAGCAGUCCCUAAAUAGCCUUUUGAUUUAGAACCUCAUGCUUCCAAUCUUAAGAAUAUUUUGUACUCUGUCAAAAAACUUUUGGCUGCUUUCUACUAUUUUUCCUAUCCAUACACAAUGAUUGGCAUAACAUUAUGCGCAUUUUCUUCGUCACUUCUUGCCGUGGAAAAACUAUCGGAUAUAUCUCUAUCAUUUUUUAUUGGUGUGUUGCAGGCUGUGCUACCUCAGUUGUUUAUUGAAAUUUAUCUUUCGGGUGUGAAUCAACUGUAUGACCUUGAAAUAGACAAGAUAAACAAACCACAUCUUCCAAUAGCAUCUGGACAAUUCUCCUUUAAAACUGGUGUCAUUGUUUCUGCAUCAUUUUUAGCUCUGAGUGUUGGGUUUACUUGGAUUACAGGCUCUUGGCCGUUGAUAUGGAAUCUCAUAGUAAUCUCUUCAACGUGGACUGCUUAUUCAAUCGAUGUGCCCCUGCUGAGAUGGAAGAGAUACCCAUUGGUUGCAGCAAUGUGCAUGGUUUCUACAUGGGCAUUUGCAUUGCCAAUUUCAUUUUUCCAUCACAUGCAGACUGUUGUGUUGAAGAGACCAAUUAGCUUUCCGAGAUCAUUGACUUUUGUUGUUGCAUUUAUGACCUUCUACUCCAUGGGUUUGGCAUUGUCUAAGGAUAUACCCGAUGUUGAAGGAGAUAAAGAACAUGGCAUCAAUUCUUUAUCAGUACGCCUAGGUCAGAAACGGGUAUUUUGGAUUUGCGUUUUCCUUUUUGAAAUGGCUUUCGGUGUUGGCCUCUUGGCAGGAGCAUCAUCUUCUUACCUUCAUACUAAAAUUGUCACGGGUUUGGGAAAUGUUGUUCUUGCUUCAAUUCUCUUGUACCAAGCCAAGUCCGUAGAUUUAAACAACAAAGCUUCCACUGGAUUCUUCUAUAUGUUCAUUUGGAAGCUAUUGUACGCGGCAUUCUUUCUCAUGGCUUUAAUUAGAUAAGGAUAUCGUUGAAGGUUAAAACAAUGUUCCUGACACAUACAACAAAAUAAAAGGAAUAUAUGUUUUGUAUCAAAAAUUUAUCAAAGAGAUAAAAACUAUAGAGAUAUCAGAUAUGUGUUUCCCAAAAUAUUAAUU